AUGUUUGCCUGGUUCCGCAGUAGCGGUGAAAUCCUGCGGGCGAACGUGGCGAGUGCCGCGGAGCUCUUUGAGCGGAGCAUUUUUGCGAGCCCAUGCCAGCCGGAGAAUGAGUUCGAGGUCUGGCACGAGAAUGCCUGUGAUAUCCGCUGGACCCAUGCGAUCCUCCUGUACCACUGGCUGUCCCAGACGGAGCCUGGCUGGAGUCCCACUGCGCAGCUCUACGCACGGAAGUCCGAAGAUCUGUUCCAGGGGAUCAAGCGGGUGAAGAGGUACAGUGUGGCGGCGGAGGUGUGGAAGAGCCCAGCGCACAUCAACUUCAACAGUAUCAUCUUUGCAGGCAAGCCCUCGAGACCAGUGUGGAACACCCAGGAAGUGCCUCUGGGGCGCUGGCUGGAAGAGAUGCAUCCCAUCUUCAAAGCUGAGCUGGAUGCAAUUCUGGAGGAACCUGGUGAUGUCUUUGGGCAGCUCAUGCAGCUGGACCCUUCCCGUGAGCAUUUGGCCACUCCGGGCGGCUGGGACACCUUGCGGAUCGUGCGGUAUCACCACUGGUACGACAUUUUCUGCCAGUUGGCACCCGAGACCUGCGAGCUGAUCAAGACCCGGCCGGAGAUCAACGAGUGCAAGUUCAUGAACGUGAACUAUGUGCGCUUGAAUCCUGGAACCCACCUGAAGCCACACUAUGGCAACGGCCCACGGCUCUCAGCGCAUUUGUCGGUGAAGGCUCCAGAGCCGAUGAAGGCUGCACUGACCGUGGCAGAUCAACGGCGGCUUUGGGUGGAGGGUGAAGCCAUCGUGUUCGACGACACGUAUCCUCACAUGGUGAGCCAUUGGGGUGAACAGCCUCGGUAUGUGAUCCUUGUUUGGUUUUGCCAUCCCUGUGAUGGUGGCAAUCCUCAUAAUCAGACCUGCCCCAGCGAGUAG